AUGUUUAGGUGGACCAGUUUGAGACCUGGAAGGGUACUGAGGCUGUUAUCUGACUUUUUUGUUAAAUGGGCUGAGGACGUAUCAUUAGUGGUUUUCGACGUGAGUGACCACGAGAGUGCGGAAGCGUUUGGAGAGGCAGGGUUGGACAAAGGAACACGAACAAGAUUUCUAUUUUGCAAGUUAUUGUUAACACUAGAAGAAUUAUUAAUGGUUAGUUGAUAUGAUAGUCUCUGACGUGGUGGUCUCAUUUGCUCUUGGGAAGCGAAAUACCUGGUAUGGGCUGGUCACGUGACCCGCGGUUUUGCGUAAAAUGGCGUAUUGUUUACUAGGGUCGGGGGAGUGAGUAUAUAUUGUGACAAUUAAUUAGAUCGCUCUAUGAAUAUAAACAAUAACCAUUGAAUCUUCAAAGAAAUCGUGAUUAUUCGUGAAAAGAACUGCAAUUAAAAAUUAAUAUUUAUCGUGGUGUGACUUUCUACUCUACAAUCUAGUGUCGAGUUACAAUUCAAGCAAAUUGGAUCAGAUUUCAACUUAUAGACUUGUCACUGAGAAAGCACGCGUGGACGGCGUGGCAAUAUAAUAAAGCAGUACAAGAAAAUAUAUAUAUCUAGACCGAACAAUGUGGUUAUUCAUUUAUUUAAUUGUUAUGAAAGUAUAUCUAGAUACUCGAACCAAAAGAAUUUAUUUAUUGAUGAGAUGUGGCAUGGAAUUGCAACGAAAUAGCGAGAUCUUUUGAUUUCCGAAAUAUCGCCAAGACGCCAACUGUACCAGAUUGUUGACUAUAAAAGCUUAUAAAACUUCCUGCAUUGGCCCUUGGCAUUGCUGAAACUCAACAAUCAUGGUAUAUGUUAAAGUCUAGCUGUCUGUUGAAAAUCUACAGUAUUAAAAUCAUACAUCAAAGAUAAGUCAAACGACAAUAUACUAUAUUAUGUCUUUCAAUGGGCACUUUAUAGGCCGGUUUACACGACCAGUGUUUUGGGCACGGCACCCCUAAAAAUGGGCACCCGUGCCCAAAAUUUUAGGCACGGCACCUCUGCCUUUUGGUGUGUAAACGUGACAAAAUCGGCACCGGUGCCGCAAAAUUUAAACGUGCCGAGACUUUCUCACGAGGUAAGGCCGGUUUACACGACAAGCGUUUUGGGCACGGCACCCCUGAAAAUGGGCACCCGUGCCCAAAAUUUUAGGCACGGCACCUCUGCCUUUUGGCGUGUAAACGUGACAAAAGUCGGCACCGGUGCCGCAAAAUUUAAACGUGCCGAGACUUUCUCACGAGGUAGUCUCGGCACCUCUAGCAAGGGGUGCCGUGCCCAAAUUUCGAAAAAAUACAAAAUGUGUUCGACAUUGAGCAUGCGCAAAACAAAUUGUCCUCCCGCCAACAUGGCAGCAAGCGGCGAACGUGCCAAAAAUAUUGAAAAACAAAGUGAAAAAACAAGUAUAAGUAAUACAAAAAUACGUAAAAAUCGAGGUGUUGUAUGGCAAGACGAUGCAACAAACUUUUUAAUUGACGUUUGGGGCGAGGAAGUUAUACAACUGCAGUUGGAAAACUGCAAGACGUCAAAACAAACGUCAAAAAUUUACGAAACAAUACUGGUAAGUCAUUUAAAUAUAUUUAAAUAAUACUGUAUUAAAGACGGAAUUUGCGAAAUAUUUACAAAGUUAUUUCAUCGCUUGUAUUUUUAUACUAAUCGGCCAACGGCAAUUCGGCAAUUUGAAAACUGAAUCUUUCCUUUUUUAGAUUCAACUGCAAAAAAAUGGCCAUUGUGAAGGCUUUACAUCCCGGGAUGUUGUCAACAAAGUUAAGAAGUUAAGACAAAAGUAUAAAGUAGAGAAAGACAAAAAACGAAGAUCUGGAAGCGGUAAAGGGAAAGAAUGGAAAUUUUUUUCUAAAUUGGACGCAUUCUUGUCCACUAAGCCAAAUGUUGAACCGUUGCUCGUGGUUGACACCAUGGCAGAAAGUAGCACGAAUGACGAAACUACUCGGCCUGAGGAAACAGACGAUCCGGUCGAAGGUGGGUAAAAUGCUUUCCCCUCUAUGAAAAAGGGUUAUCAUAUAAGUCUUUAUGUAGGGGAUUAAUUUAUUUCUGAUUUUUAAUACUUCUGUCAUUAUCAUUUGGCAGAUAUGAUAAAAAAGUAUGGCGAAAGUCAAUCACAUGUCCAGAAAUGUAACACGUGCGAGUAUGAGCAAGUCAUCAAUUGACCAUUUGCGUAAUAGACUAAAUUUUGAACUAAACAAGUCUAGACAAAAAUUUCAUCACAGCUUGAAGGAGCAUCACAAAAUUAGUAAUAUUUCAAAGUUUCGUUGCAAAAUGUUGUAAAAUGCGGAAAAUAUAGCCUUGCGAAAUUUGCAAUUUUCAGUCAUUUUAGAUUACAAACGGGAAAUUGACAGCCCCAAACCCUUCGAGGCCGUCAAUUUCCAGUUUGUAAUCUAAAAUGACUGAAAAUUGCAAAUUUCGCAAGGCUAUAUUUUCCGCAUUUUACAACAUUUUGCAACGAAACUUUGGAAUAUUACUAAUUUUGUGAUGCUCUUUCAAGCUGUAAUGAAAUUUUUGUUGAGAUCAAAAUUUAGUCUAUUACGCAAAUGGUCAAUUCAUCUGGAGUUCUAAACUUGGAAUCAGGCUCUGUGAGGGUAUAUGCUGACGACGAUGAAUUCUCCUGUCCAAACUGUGAAAACACAGGCACAGCUGUUCCAAAUUGUGAGAGCACAGCAGAUUCGAAUUAUGGAAGUACAGCCGGUUUGGAUGAAAGUAAAUUGUGCAUGCUUUUAUAUUAUUUAACCCAUUGAGUGGCAGCACUCUCUCCCUGACAAGUAAAAUCGUCCGGUGUUAGACAGAGUAACAUAAUAAAGCAUGCAUUUGGGUGCAUUGCCACUUAAUAAAGGGUUAACACUAUAUAAAUAAUAGCUGGGGUUCGUACAAAGGAAUAUAAAGGAUGUUGCAAAGUUUUGGAAGGCAUUUCAAACUCUGGGAAAUCUUUACGGAUCAUGGGAUAUAUCAACUAGUCUCUUCCCAUUAAUUGUUGGUUCAAAUAACUUCCCUCCUUAUUAUAGAGAAUAGCUGUGAAUAAAUUUUAAGGCAUUUAUUCUAAUUUAGAUAAUAAAUCCAAAAAUAACUUUUUUCAUAUAGCAUUGCCAUUGGACAGUGAUGAUGAUGUGCCAGAAAAUGUGCAACCAUUUAGCACUGAUUCUGCAGAGAACAAAAAAAGUGCCAGCUCUGUCAGUGCCAGUGGUAUUAAAAAAAGGAAAAGGAGCAAUAUUGAGAAGUCUUUGGAUGUUGUUUUCCAGAAAUUCCAAGAAAAUACUAAGGAUGACUUUUCAAGGUAGAAAGCCAAAAAAUGGCUGGCCAGGCAAAAUUCCAGUGUGUUGAUUUUGCAAUUAUGAUGCAAAAAUGUAAGAUCAGCCCCGAAGUUUUUGUUGAAUUUGUUUUUCUAAUUCACCCGUGAAAAUGACAAAAUAAACAUAAUUUUCAAUCACAACCCUGUUGUAUGGGGGGGGGGGGGCAGUCAAAUGCAAAUAAUAAUAAAUGAAUAAAUAGUUUUCAUUUAUAAUCAUUACUGUUAUUUAUUAUUGGUCUAGAUAUUUAUAGUAAAUUAAAAUUCAAUCCAUUUCAUAAAAUAAUCUAUAGAUUACAGAAAUGGGAGGAAGAGAAAAUGAGAAAAGAACACAAAUUUCGUAUGGAAGAAAUGGCACUGGAAAACCAGCGAAGGCGGGAAGAUCGGGAGCAUGAAAUGAACCUGCUCCGGUUGUUGGUACAUCCUCAAGGACCGUCACCAUAUCCUAUCAAUCCAAUCUCGAAUCCAAUGCCACACAAUUAUCCAAAUAUCCAUACACCUUUGCCUGCAAAUACAUUGUCAAUGUCAUCAACUAGUGGUAGCUAUGACACUGGCAACACUGAGACAGACAGUAUUGGGUCCAUUGGCAAGAAAACAUACUUUUCGUUGUAG